UUCUCAUAGUACUUUCAUCUUCAGUUAGUGUUACAGUAUCAAGUUGAAUUGCAUCGCGAUGAAGAAUGGCGAAGAAAUUGUUAUUUCUGGAAUCGGGGGAUUUUUUCCUAGAUCUAUCAAUGUGGAAAUUUUUCAAAAGUUACUUUUAGAAAACGCAGAUUUCCUGGAUUCCCGAUGGAAAAAAGGAGAAAACGAUGUGACAAAUGCAAUUGGAAAGAUUCCUAACAUUCAAUUUUUUGAUACCGCUUAUUUUGGAAUCCAUAGGCAGCAAUGUGUCAGCAUGGAUCCAAUGCAACGUUUAGCGUUGGAAAGAGCAUUUGAAGCACUUAUAGAUGCAGGGGUAAAUCCUAUCGAUGUAAGGGGAAAAAAAGUGGGCGUUUUUGUUGGGUCGUCUAUAGGAGAGAAUGAUAACAUUCUGUUUGAAGCAGUUACGAAUGGAUUUGUUAUUACUGGUCACUCACGAUGUAUGAUACCGAACAGGAUUUCAUUCUGCUUAAAAUUAAAAGGUCCUAGCUGCGAUUACGACAGCACCUGGUUGAAUGGUUUGGAAGUAAUAAGAAUGGCUUAUGAAUCAAUUAGAGAAGGACAUUGUGAUUCCGCCAUUGUUGGUACGACAAAUUUGACCGUAAAUUCAGAAAUGAGUUGGAUGUAUAACGACAUGAAGUUGCUUUCCCCAGAUGGUAUUACAAGAUCUUUCGAUGCAGAUGCUAACGGAUAUGGGCGCAGUGAUGGUAUUGUGAUGUUGUACUUACAAAGAGCAACGAAAGCUAAACGUAUUUAUGGUACCAUUGUCAACGCUCAGACCUGCUUCAAUGGAGACCAUGAAGGUCCCUUGAUAGCUGUUGAUCAGCCCAGCAUGGUCAAGUUUAUGAAAGAUUUUUAUUCUGAAACUGACGUUGACCCAACAGAAGUACAUUAUAUUGAAACGUAUGGUUGCGGCAUCAAGCAUGUGGACGAAGUCGAACUAAAUGCAAUAGAAGAAGUUUAUUGCGAAAAGCGUUCUGGUCCUCUUCUCGUAGGAUCUAUUAAAUCCAAUAUUGGUCACGCUGAAGCAUCAGCGUCUCUUAUGGCAGUGGUAAAAGCUUUAAUAUCAAUGAAUUCAGGGAUAAUCCCUGCUAAUAUACAUUACAAAAACCCAAAUCCUAAUAUAAAAGGUCUUAUUAACGGUACCCUAAAAGUUGUCAACGAAAAUACUCAAUGGAGAGGCGAUUAUGCAGCUGUUAAUGCGAUCGGCUUGGCCUCAUCGUAUGGCCAUUUGUUGCUCAAAGCAAACAAAAACACUAAGAAAGAAGGCCCUUUAGAUGAUCUUCCACGUUUAUUCAUAGCUUCCACCAGAACAGAGGAAGCAAUACAAAAAAUCCUUAGCACGGUACAAGAUCAUAAAAAUGAAGUCGAAUACGCGAACUUGAUACAGGAAAUUUUUGCAACCCCAAUUCCAGGUCAUUUAUACCGAGGUUAUGUUCUCACGGGAAACGAAGUCAGACAAGAAUUUUUGCAUUAUCCAGGCAAAAAGCGUCCUGUUUGGUUUGUCUAUUCGGGAAUGGGUUCUCAGUGGGUAUGCAUGGCCUCUGAUCUCAUGCGGAUUCCCGUAUUUGCCGAAUCCAUUAUGAGAAGUCACGCCAUUCUCCAGGAAAAGAACGUUGAUCUCCUUAAUGUCAUCACGACUGACGACCCCAAAAUAUUCGAUAAUAUUCUUCAUUCUUUCAUAGGAAUCGCAGCUGUACAGAUUGCUUUAACAGAUUUACUGAACACCGUGGGGGUGGUACCAGAUGGUAUAAUUGGACAUUCGGUAGGUGAAAUGGGAUGCGCCUAUGCUGAUGGGUGUUUGACAGCAGAACAGAUGAUCCUCGCUGCUUAUGCAAGAGGAAGAGCGUCCCUAGAAGCCGAACUUAUUCCAGGGAUGAUGGCUGCAGUGGGAAUUGGGUAUCAACAAAUCAAGAAUCAGUGUCCUCCAACAGUAGAAGUGGCAUGCCACAAUGGUCCUGAAAGUUGCACCAUAUCAGGACCAACAAAGGACAUGGAAGAUUUCGUGGCUCAAUUGAAAGAAAGGGGUGUCUUUGCCAGGCUGGUUAAUGCUGCAAAUAUCGCGUAUCACAGUAGAUACGUAAAACCUACCGCUCCGCUUCUUCUGAAGUAUCUCAAGGAGAUCAUUCCAAUUGCAUCCCCACGAUCUUCAAAAUGGAUCAGUACGUCUGUACCUGAAGACAGAUGGGAUUGUGAUUUAGCGAAAACUUCUUCAGCGGAGUAUCACACAAACAAUUUACUUAGUUCAGUUUUAUUUGAGGAAGCAUCAAAACAUAUUCCAAAAGACGCCAUUGUCAUAGAAAUAGCUCCCCAUGGACUUCUACAAGCUAUUCUUAAACGCUCUCUGCCACCAGAAUGUACCAACAUUGCUUUGACUCAAAGAGGACACAGGAGCAACAUGGAAUUUUUAUUGUCAGCUCUUGGAAGAAUGUUCAUCAGUGGAGUUGAUAAUAUGAGAGUUUCUGCAUUAUAUCCAAAAGUUGAGUAUCCAGUCGGACGGGGAACUCCUUCAUUAACUCCUAUUGUACAUUGGGAACACAGUGAAGAAUGGAGAACUGGAUGUAGAAAUAAAUUAUCUAGGUAUCUAGCCAAUGUAAAGGAUAUUCAAGUGUCUCUCAACACCGACGAAUUCAAACAGUAUGCUGGAAACAAACUGGGCAGUAGAGUGGUCAUACCACCUUCAUUGUACCUGAUGAUCGUCUACAAUAUGUUGAAUGACGAUUUCCAUAGAUGCGAAGAUUUUGUAUUUGAAAAUCUUCAUUUCAAAAAAGUUCUCAGCAUUCCCACAGUCGGGUACGUACCCUUGUGCACUAUGGUACAGAAGGGCAGUGGUGAAUUCGAAGUGAUGAGUGAAGAUGAGAUCAUAGUUUCCGGAGUCAUCAAAACCCCAGAGACAGGAAGCAAAGUUUUGUUAGAACUACCAACGCUUGAAAUUGGCGAGGAAGCUUAUCAGCUAAGUUCUAAAGAUUUUUAUCAGGAAUAUUAUCACAGGGGUUGUCAGUAUUCUGGGGUGUACAAAUCCAUAAAGUCAUUAACGAUUACGAACGAAGGUUCUGUUGCUGAUGUUAAAUGGUGUGAUAAUUGGGCGAUAUUUUUCGAUUUAAUGUUGCAACAGUUCUUCUUUCACGCCGGGGAACGUAAACAAGAUAUUAUGGUUCCCAGCCAUAUCCAGCGUCUUGCAGUGUCCAUUCCUCAGAUGCCUAGUUCAGAAGAUACAAAGAUCAAUUUCAAUUCAUCAACUGGCUUGAUUUAUUCUGAUGGCAUUCAGAUAAGUGGAGUCAGAGGUGCGUCUCUUCCAAAGCUACGAAAAGCUGUUUUGUACAACUGUGUUGAGUUUGUACCAUUUUUCAAUAAAGUAUACAAGUCAUGGGAAAGUGUGUUUAAUUUCACCAUUCAGGUCAUAAGUUUAACCCCAGGUUACGAGGAGAUUAAAAGCCUUUCGGUGGUAGAAGUUACGACUGAAGAUGAAAAUAUUGUUGAUAAAAUAAAAAGCACGAUGACCAAAUACAGGGACAUUAACGCUACGUACUCAAUCGUAAGAAGUCUGAAGUCGAUUGUAGCUUCGCAAAGCGAUCCCUUAUUUGUGGUGUUCGAUGAAGAUUUUGACUCAGACGUAGCCGCUUAUCUAGCCGAUUCACAUGCACUUAUACUAACACGAUCAAAUGAACGAAUUGCUUCAUAUUCACACAUAAUUGAAGUGUCACGGCUUGAAUGUAAUAACAGAAAUUAUUCACUUAUAAAAAAGGCUGUAAAUACCACUGCAAUGGUGGUUAAUGUCCACGGUAAUACUUUAACAUCUAACGACUUAGCUAAGAAUAAUUUACAAUGGGUAAUGCAAUUUAAAAACACUUUGGAAAAUCUUCAGCCCAAACAAAGGCUGUACCUGGUUUCAAAUGUCAGUCCAUACGAAGGUGUCAACAACUUUGUUCGAAACGUUCAAAAGCAAUUGCAAAAUUCAGAAUUGUUAAGGUUCAUAUUUCUACUGGAUAAAGAAAAGGCCACAUUUGAUGAUUCUAAGCCCAUUUUCAAGAAGAUACUAAAACAUGACCUGGUUUUUACUGUCAUAAGUAAUGGUCAGAUUGGUAGUUUCCUGUCUAUUCCUACAGAACUUCGAGGAGAUGCUAAGCAAAUAUUCUAUGCCUCCGGGAAUGUUAUUUCUAAUAAACAUAUUCGAUAUAUUGGGUUGAAUCUGAAAGACGAAUCUGUCAACCCUGAUAAAGAGCCACAACUAGGGCCUAUCGAUUAUUCUGCCGUAAACAAUUAUAAUCAACCCAUCAUGGGCUUAGCGUGCUUUGACAGGAGUUUGUAUCAAAUAAUUCCCGAUUCUGUUCUUUGCUGGAAUGUGCCUGACGGUUGGAAUUUAGACGAUGCUGCAGCUGUUCCUUAUUCGUACGCCAUGGCUUAUCAUUGUUUGAUGAAUAAAGCAAGGGUCUCCCCUGGAGGAAAUGUACUAAUCCAUUCCGCUUGUACUGGUAUCGGUUUUGCCUGUGUUUCUAUUGCCCUUAGCAUUGGAUGCAACGUUUUCGUCACGGUGGCUACAGACGAACAGAAGGCCUACAUUUCACAGAAAUUUCGAAGGCUUACUGAUAAGAAUGUAUACAGUAAUGUAACUACGGAUUUCGAACCUUUAUUCUUGUUAGCAACACAAGGGAAGGGUGCCCAAGUGGUUAUUAACAAUUUAUCGGGAAGAUUCUUUGAAGCGUCGUUGAGNGGU